AUUUUCUUACCAAUUAAAUACAAUUCACUUUAUAUAGUCAGUCAAAAAAAACUUUAAAAUCUAACAAGCGUUUUAUUAAAUAAAAAAGUUCUAUAGAUAGACAGAUAGAUGACAGCUCCUCCGAGCAAGGGAAUAUUUGGAGAUUACUUUGAUAACUAGAAACAUGAGUAGUUUCCAAGCAGAUUUCGUAAAUAAGACUAUUCAUCUCCCAAGUUUGUUUAGCAGUAAAAGUUGAAGCUAUCAGGUAUAGGAACUAAGUUUUAAUAGCUAAUGGAUGCAAACUUAUUUAGUUAUGACUCACCUAAAUCCAGCAAUAAUACGCUUAGCAGAAUAGAAAUUUAAAAAGAAGAGUUUAAAAUAUAAAAAUCAUAAAGUGUCAAUAAAAUAAAGAACAAGCAAUUCAUAGUGUUUCCAAAAAUAUAAAAAUCAAUUCGUGAUCAAUAAAUGACUGAACGAAAUAGUUUAUUUUUAUAAUAUGCAAGCGUGCCUCAUGAGAGUUUAUUGCAAGACAAGUCUAUUUCAAAUGAGACAAUCAAGAAGAUUUUUAGUCAGCCAUAUAUCCACUACCAAAAUGUGAAAAAAAUAAGGAAAAUUUCUCCUGAAUCUAAGUAAGAUCACGUAUGUAAAAAAAGUGUCAUAAUUCCAUACCAAGAUGGAGGCUAUUCUAUGUAAAAAACAACUUACUUUAAGCUUUUUUAAUUCAAAAAAAUAAAUUGUAUUUUAUUAUAUUAUAUUAUAUUAUAUUAUGAAUGUCUUAGACCUGGAUUGCCAAAUAGCUAAAAUAGAACUAAAAAGUUAACUAACCUCUCUUUUACAAAAAUGUAAUGGAAUAUUACAAACUAUAAUGCCAACUUCGCCCUCUCUAAAAAAGAGUAAGAAAUCAGAGAGAUUUUAAAAAAUAGUAAAAUUAAAAAAAUCCCUCUCGACUUAACCAAAGAGUUACAAGUAUAAGAUAUAACACAGCCUACUUCCUAAUAAGGCAAUAAAUCGGUUAAUAAUAUGCACACAGAAUUUAACUUCUUUACCACGUACAGCAAGUCUCCGAAAAACGAAAAAACAAAUUCACCAUUUAUAACUAGCCCUUCUAGGCAAUCAUGA